AGAAGAAGAAGAAGAAGAGGAAGCUAAGGCAACCGAAGUAGUCGAGGAGCCCCUAAUCUACGCGAGAUAAAAAAGAAGAUAGGAGCUGCGGCCGGGUAGCUAUCUUAGUCAGGGAAGGAACAGUGCAGGAAUCGGCAAGGUGCAAGCAUGAAGUCGAGCAUCUGAUCGUUCCCUUCGCGAAGAAGGCCGAUCGUAACUGAUCUGACUAAGGGUGACCUUGAGCAAGAUGGUCAGGAGGGCGCUGCUACUGCUCUCACUGGUCCUCCUCGGUGCCUUCGACGUUCCUGGCAUCGAGAGAGCCCAUGUCAGAUACCUGGCGAUGGCUGGUAGCACCUGUAACGCUUGCAGGAUGCACGAGGAGAUCAGAGCCCUCAGUCUCGAGGCCAUCAAGGAACAAAUUCUUAAUAAACUGGGCUUGAAGCAAGCGCCGAACAUGACGGGCAGAGCUCUGCCGAGAAUCCCGCCAAUCUCCAAGUUGAUGGACAUGUACGGGAUGCAGGCCGAUCAACCGCAAUCUCUAGAGCCUGGCAUCACGCACCACGAGGAGAUCGACGAGUACUCCGCCAAGACGGAGAGCGUAUUCGCCUUGGCACAACCACAUCAGAGGCUGAGGCACUCAAAGGGCAGCCUCGACGUUCUCUACUUCAAAUUCUCCGACAAAGUGGUCCAGCAUCGCGUGACUAGGGCGGAGCUAUCCCUCUGGAUAUGGGGUACGGGCCAGGGUGGCGCAGAGCUGGACGAUCCGGGGGAUGCGGAGAGCUUGGAUAGUUACGAAGACGGUCCAGUGACGAUCACGUUGCAAAGGAUUCUUCGCGGUGUCACAGAGACUGGUAGUCCGUUGCUGGGACCCGCGUUGACCACCAAACACCCUCGACCGAUCGGUAGACGGGGUGGCUGGGUGACGAUCGAGCUGAGAAGAAUGGUGGCCGAAUGGUUCAAGCACCCGAGGGACAAUUUGGGUGUGGCCUUGAAGAUCUCCGGACCCGGUGGAAAUCAUCGUAGGAAUUCUAAGUUAGUCGAGACGAGUCCAGGGGCGGAAUAUGCGCCGUACCUCGAAGUGCAAACGCAGGAGCUCGACUCCAGAAGGGGGGCGAGGAUCAAAAGAAACGUAGGACUUAAUUGCGACGAGGCCAGCCAAGAGACCAGGUGCUGUCGAUACAAGCUCACCGUAGACUUUGAGAAGUUUGGCUGGGAUUGGAUAAUCGCGCCCAAGAAGUACGACGCCAAUUACUGUUCGGGCGACUGUCCAAUGGCCUUUCUCCAGGCCUAUCCAAAUACCCACAUCAUUAGCCUGGCGGAACCGCCCAACAACACAGGCCCGUGUUGCGCCCCGAGGAAGCUCUCCGAGAUCACGAUGCUAUACUUCGACAACGAGUACCAGAUCGUGUUCUCGCGGUUACCAGGAAUGGUCGUCGAAAGAUGUGGAUGUUCAUAGUCCACCUUCCGGCUCGACGGGGAGCAACAACGACGCGGAGAAUGUCGAGGAUCUCGUUCGACCUCUCGCACGAUACGCGAUACUCGUGGGCGGUUGUUUUUAUUUUUUUUUUAUUUUUUACUCAUCAAAGGACUCUCGAUCGCGACGGUCGUCGAUCGUCGUCUUCGUCGUCGUUCCGUCCUCGACGAUUCCUCAUUCGAUAGACUGAAAGUGCCUUGUUUGGGGUGUGUUGGUGCUGCGGUGGCUCACCCAUUGGGAUACGACGGACGAACGUUUUCGUCUUGAUAACGAGCGCAGCAGAAGGGACGGAUCGGAAGAUCGACCAAGAUGCUUUCCGACGAGUUAACACGACAGGCACCUCGAUACUGGUCCAUGGUCCAUGGCAAGGCGGAUAGUUCCUAGAGUCUCGGUAUUAUUUUUAAGGUGUCGAUGCGUUUGCACCUGAUCUAAGAGAACGACCACGAAAGAAUUAUUUUUUAUACGGGAGCUUGUUACAUUUUUGAAAGGUUAAAAGAAAACGUCUCUUCUCUCUCUGUGUCUCUCUUUCUUUGGUGACCGUUUUUUGACAAUCCCGACGUUGUCGAUGAAUAGAAUUUUUGCGCACCGGUCGUGCAGAAACGAAAGCAUUUUUCAUUACGACAGUUUGCCCCUUGUACAUCGAUGCCUUUCCAAAAGAAAAAGAGAAAAGAAAACGAGGAUGCAAAGAAAAAGCGAUUCGUUUCCGGUAUAGUCGUCGCGUUGAUCGGUGAAAACGUGUUGGCCAAAAGAUCUCGGUGUACAGUGAAAUCGUUGUUUUUCAAUGUUCUCCCUUUUCGAUUCUUUUACAAGUCUCGUCUCCUCUCCUUACCUUCUCUAUGUCACUGCACUAUGUCUAUGCAUAUACAUACGUAUACAUAAUCCCCCCCCACCCCAAUUCCUGUUUCUUUAUUUUAGCGAAGCGUGUGAGUGCGUGUUCGAGAGUGCGUGUUGAGGUUUGUGUAAAUAUGUCGUGCCUAGGCUGCCGUUCUAUGUCGCUUCUCCUACGAAUCUUUCCGAAUCUUUCAUUCGAAGGAUCCAACGAGGACGUUACUUACAUGAUACAGGGUGAGUCACGGAAAACAGAACAUCCGAGUGUUUUUUUUUUUUUAGGUUUGAAGCUACGAAUGAUUUUGUCCAAGUUCCGUUAUUUUCGAGUUAUCGAGGCCAUUAACCCGAAUUUUUUUAAUAAAAUUUUACAUAUAUUUAUCUAUUAUAAGAAAUACAACACAAACUAAACACAGAAACAUAGGUGAUAUCCAUCCAUAGAAUCGUAACAUUUUUUAGAUAUUUAAUCAAACUGCGGAAGUGUCCACUUACUUAUCAACCGAGGUGUGUAUCGUUGUUCGAUCUACUGACUUCGAUCUCCAAUUUAUUACAAUGACCUUGUAUUACAUACGUCGAUGAAUUGUCUAAACAAAUGCUAAUCUUCUUAUAUCUUAUUAUAAAUAGAAUUAUGUAAGGUUCCACUUGAGCAACCUUGACCUUAACAACUGUGAAAAUAAUUACUUUGGCAGAAAAAAAAAUAUGACAAACAAUAUUUUUCGUAUCUUCAAACCCAACGAAUAUAUUUGAGUGUUCUCUCCCUGUACAGGUGAACGUUGUUCCCGACAUUAAUUUUUGUUUGUUUGUUUUCCUAACGCGAUCACGUAUAUCCUUAGGUAUGUUUGUAGAUACGAGCUGUAUCAACCGAGCCGAUCGCACUCGAAAAUGAGCAAUUUGAACGCUCCGUCAUCAGUGUCGAACGAGUUAGUACGAAUUUUGCGUCGUGCCGUUUUUAGCCUAAGACCGUCGACGGAGUGCAUAAGUGACAAUUAUAAUUUAUAUAUAUGUAUGUAUAUCGGUGGCCAAGUUUUGUCCUUUGUCGCCUCGCGAUUCGAAGAACGCGAUUCACGGGUGUAGAAGGAAUCCAAAGGUUCGACCGACGUUGCUUCUCAGCCACGUCUGUUUGUGAUUCGGUAAAUUAUGGUAGUAUCGUUGUGAUAUCUAGUUGCUUGGCUCUAAAGUACGCCGACCGAGUGAGCGUCCCAGUAUUCGGAAGAUUUCUAGACUUUUUACGUCUUCGAGUACUCUUGGAACCUCCGAACUUUUCGUAAUCCUUGUACGGAUAGAAAUGUUUUCCUGUGAUUCUUUUUUUUUUCUCGCCUAGAGUAAACGUAGAAAUUUUACGACGUUAGGUAUAAUCGAUCGAAAACUCUCUCUUUCAUGAUUCUCUUUUCGCGGACUUCGAGAUUUCUCAGUCAAUUGCACCCACCUCCCGCGCAGCUAUCCUCUGCGAAACGUUCAUCUUGCACAUCGUUUCUCAUGUUUUUUACGCGCGAGUACAGGAGGAGAGUGAAUAACAAAAAAUGAAAACUAAUACCCUUGCAGUUUUGUUCCUUUUGUUUCGUUUUGUUUUUUUAAAGCGAUCCGUAGGACUGUAAGAGAGAAACCUUUUGAAAAAUUGGUGCCCCCCCCCCCCCCUCUUCCAAUCUUCUCGUCAAUUUCCGUCGUAUCUUAUUUUUGUUUUCUAUCCUAUCCCUCUAAUCCCCACUCCACGUCCCUUUCAUCCACCUAUGCGACUGCUACUUUCUCUCAUCGCCUGAUUCUCAUUUCUUCGUUUGUUUGUCAGUGUACCUAUAAUUAAAAAGUAAUGGAAUUGUGUACUCCCAGUAUCCAAACGAAGGCGGCGAAUACUGCAUACUUAUAUAUAUAUAUAUAUAACGUGUACUUCCUAGGUAGAGAGUAUUCAUAGAAUAUUUAUUCGCUGAAAUAAAUGGUUUUUCGAUGAAA